AUGAAUAAAGCAAUUAAAAUCGUCAAUUUUAUCAGAGCUAGAGAUUUAAAUCACAGAAAAUUUAAAGAUUUUCUUUCUGAACUAAAUUCCCAAUACAGUGAUUUUAUGUUUCAUACUGAAGUACGACGGCUAAGCAAAGGUAAAGUCUUAGAACGAUUUUUUUCCCUUCGUGAAGAAAUUAAAUUAUUUAUCCACGAACAAAAAGGUGAAUUUCCUGAAAUAAACUCAUUAGAAUUUUGGUACAAACUUGCAUUUCUUGCAGAUGUAACAAAAAGUUUAAAUAUACUUCAAACAAAUCUGCAAGGAGAAAAUAAACUUAUCCCUCACAUGGCCAAAAAUAACAUUUUUUCUGAUGAUACUGAUAUAGAAACUCUAAAACCACAAUUGCUUGAACUAUUGGUCACUUUAAAAAAUGAAAUGAACAGUCGUUUCAAUGAUAUUAAAAACUUAAGAAAUGCAUUUCGAUUUAUUGAAAAUCCGUGGGCAGUAACUACAAAAGAAAUAUUUGAAAUUAAUAUUAUGAAUCAUAACAUUGGUUUAUUGAAAAACGAAUUAAUUGACUUACAUGAGGACAUAACAUUAAAAGAUAUUUUUAAUGAUAAAAAUAAUGCAAUGGAAUUUUGGAAUACACUUGAGGAACAUCAAUAUCCUUCCCUUUUAUCAAAUGUAAAAGCUAUUCUAACAUUUUUUGGGUCGACAUAUUUGUGUGAAGCUGCUUUUAGUAAGUUAACAUUUAUAAAAAACAAAUACAGAAAUCGUUUGAGUGAUAUGCAUUUGGACGAUUUACUGCGGUUGUCAACAUCAAAUACACCCGCAGACAUAAACAAGAUCAUAAAACAAACAGAGAGGUACCGUCCAUCAACAUCAAAACAACAUUAA